UCCGCGUGAUACGCGAUUUCGCUUCAGUUUAGUUUUUGUUCUUUCGUUGCGUUUGUUUGGUACGCAGAUCGACUCUAUUCGUUCGUUUAGCGCUGCACGUGCACAAGUAUCGGUUUUGUGUUGCGUUUUCAUCGAGUGUCUUGAGUAGGAGAUUGGUUUCAUCGAUUCUGAUUUUUGUUGCUGGUUUUUGUCGUUUGCUUCGCCGUUUGAUCGUGACAGUUUGUUUCGAGGCAUCGAGGCAGCAUUGCUGAUCGUGGUGGCGUGGUGCGAGUGUGAAUUUUGGUCCGUGUUUGCUUCGUUUUGGUGGCCGAUCCAGUGAGCCAAUAGCCUUGGACUUUUAUCCGCGUCUUAACCCACUGGAUAGAGUGCUGCUACUACUCACGUUGCUGCGUCACUCACACACUGGACCGACUGUUGACCCAUUAACCCUGGCCUGGCUCUGGGCUGUAGGGGAGCCCAGGUUACUAGCAACGGAAAGCAGCAGAAGGGUGGUGCUUGUGGUGGUCACCGAGGAAGGCAAGGUCGUUCGGUUAAAGUAGAACGCCAAACGUGGUCGACGACGACACGGACGACGCCGGUGGUGGUGGUGGUGGUGACGGUCACUAAUCAGCCGGCCAUCGCCAGUGAGGUGACGCUGGCGGCGGCAGCGGCAGCGGCGGUGGAGGAAUGGAGACGAUUAAGAGGGAAAAUAUUCAGCUAGGUGAUAAUCGGGCGCUUGUGGGCCACUCGAUGGCCCCCACCGCCGGCCAUGGUCCGCUAGCCAGCACCGCACCAACACCAGCGGACGAUGGCAAUGGUGGCACUGGUGGCGCUGGUACCACCGAGGGGGUCUCCCCCUUGGACGUAGCACCACAGAGGCUCGUGGCAACGGCGACGAGCGACAAAUCAGUUCAAUCGCCGUGCUCACCGACGUCGCACCGUCAAUCUACGGCUGGAGUUGGCGCUGGUGCGUCGUGGUUUCGGAAGUCCAACACCUGCGGCAGCCUUUACGUACAGUGUGCCUGUGACGUCAGCGGAAUUGGAGUAGAGCAACCGCGAACCAAACCAGCGGAUCCCGUCUAUCGGGUACAGGAGCAACAGCCGGUGCGGUCCACGGCCCGACCCAUCUCACUGUCGGACAAGGACAUCCGGCGGAUUCGACCGUCGGUACCGUUCGUCCAUCCGGACAGUCCGACCACGUUGUAUGGUGGUGGUGGUGGUGGCGACAAGUCAUCCGGAGCUGCCAUUGCCUUUGUGAAAGCCCUGACCGGACGGACACCGUUCAUACCGACGGCACAAACGGCCACCGGAGAGUACGCGGUGUUGCAUGCGGCCACCGUACGGCACACUGACCCCGCCAGCAAGCGCUACUCGACGCCAACGAUCGGUGUCGCGGCACCGAACGCUUUCCAUCCGGAGUUUGUGCUCCAGAAACUCGAACCAACGGCACCAACUUCCGGUUCGGCCCGGUCACUGGUCGUGUUUAAGCAGCGCCAUUGUAGCCACAGCUAUCCGAGGCUCGGACAACACUCGCCACCCUCCCAACGACAGCAACAACAACGGUCAACCCUCUCGAACGGCAUCUCGAUCAACUCGAGCAUUGACGAGGUUUGUGAUAGGGUGCGUGAGGAUAGCAUAUCGGAGGAUAGCAGCUACCUAGAGGGGGAGGAAGCGAUCAUCACAGCGGAAUCACAGACAGACAGACUGCUCGAUGACUUGGCGGUACCACUAGAGCGGAUCCGCGGACCAGACGUCCGCGACGACGACAACGGCGGCGGAGUGCUAAUUGAGUUGGAGAGCAACGCAGCGGGGAGGGUAGCGAGCAGUGCUUGUGCGAUCCCGGUCCGAAAGGGCAAAGAGCAAUACUACGACGACGACGACGACGGCGGACGUAGCCGUGCGGACAUUAGCCACAGUUGCAGCGGUGCCAGUAGUGGUGUUGAUGAAGGUAGUGUUGGUGGUGAGAGUUGCAUUGCUAGUAAGUUAAGCGUCUCACUCGACAGUGGCCGUGCGGCGCACCAGCAGCGGACGAGUGGUGGUGGUGGUGGUAACAACGGUCCUUAUAGUCCACCGGAUCCACCGACGUUACUGCUUAGUCCGGUCAUUCCCUCCAAGUUCGAUUGCGCCUCGGCCAAGGAGUACCUCAUCCAGUCCGGCAUACUCGGUCCGAUGGGCAAUGGGUCGUCGCUGCUGCUGCGCAAAACCUCCAAGAUUGUCCCGAACAUCGACACACCGAUCAAGGAGCGGAUACGAAAGAACUCGGUGAAACUGUGGGGCAAGGUGCUGACGGACGAUCGACGCAAGUCGCUAUCCGGUCAGUGCGACAGUCUACAGUCGUAUGGCAGCUCGAUGACGAUCAGCGGCGCAGCAGACCAGAACGCGCUCGAGGAGGAGCUCAAUGGGUUGAGGCGAUUGCUGAGGGCGCGCGAUGAGGAGAUCGACAAGCUGAGGCGAGAGAUCGAUAAGCUGAAGAGUGUAUUGCAGCAGAAGGCGGUCAGCAGCUUGGAGCAACCGGGAGGAAUGGCGGUGUCGACUCCGGUACACAAGACAGCUAGCUCUGUCCAGUCACCGACGGGUGGAAAGGGCCAUGUCGGUGAACGGGAGCUACUGUCCAGCAUACAGGCGAACUACGCGAUGGCCGGUCAGCCCCUGUCGGAACUGUUUGGUACUUCCGGUAACAGCUUCAAGUUGCACCAGAUGAAAUCCGUCAAGGGUAUUACGCUGCAGGCGAUGAAGAAGCAGGGUGUAUCGGGCGAGAGCUGUGAUCUGAUGGGAAGCCAGUCGAGCGACAUUAAGGUGCCGAAGUAUAAGAAAGAUUUCAGCGCGAAGCAGCUGAUCAAGGACGCCAUCAUGGAGAACGAUUUCUUCAAAAAUAUCGACUCGCUCCAGAUACGGGAGAUCGUCGAUUCGAUGUACAGCCGGGAGUUCCGUAAGGGCGAGUACGUCAUCCACGAGGGUGAGGCCGGGUCGCACCUUUACAUCUCGGCCGCGGGAGAGUUCGAGGUGAUCAAGGAUGGCAAGGUGCUCGGUUCGAUGGGUCCUGGGCGAGCGUUUGGCGAGUUGGCAAUACUGUACAACUGCACGAGAACGGCAUCGAUACGAGUGCUGUGCGACUCACGCGUAUGGGUGUUGGAUAGACGAGUGUUCCAGCAGAUAAUGAUGCGAACGGGCAUGCAGCGGAUUGAGGAGAAUGUCAACUUCCUCAAGUCGGUGCCACUGUUGAAGCACCUCAGCAAUGAUGUGCUGACAAAGAUUGCGGACGUCCUGGAAGUGGAGUUCUAUCCCGCCGGAGCAUACAUCAUCCGUCAAGGGGCCGCCGGUGACACCUUCUUUCUCAUUAGCCAGGGAACGGUAAAGGUUACCCAACGGUUACCGGGGCGCACAGUGGAUGAGGAAAUCCGAAUCUUGGUCCGGGGUGAGUACUUCGGCGAACAGGCGCUCAUUAGGGAGGACAAGCGGACGGCCAACAUUAUCGCGAUGUCACCGGGUGUCGAGUGUCUGACGCUGGAUCGCGAAUCCUUCACCAAGCACAUCGGUGACCUGUGCGAACUGCAGGAGAAGAACUAUGGCGACGAGGAACGGGUGCUGGCCUUCCGGAACCUCGAGAACACACAUCCUUCGCUGGGUUCCUGUCAACCCGAGCUAAUGGAUGUGAACCUGACCGACCUGGAGGUGGUCGGUACGCUUGGUGUCGGUGGGUUCGGACGGGUUGAGCUGGUCAAGCUGGAGCGCAACGGUGAAACGAAGGUGUACGCGUUGAAGUGCAUGAAGAAGCGUCACAUCGUGGACACGCGCCAACAGGAGCAUAUGUACAGCGAGCGGAAGAUAAUGCUGGCCUGCCAGAGCCCCUUCAUCUGCCGACUGUACCGCACCUACAAGGACAACAAAUUCGCGUACAUGCUGCUGGAGGCAUGCAUGGGCGGUGAGGUGUGGACGAUACUGCGCGAUCACGUCACGUUCGAGGACUCGACGGCCAAGUUCAUCGUCGGUUGUGUGCUGCAGGCCUUCGACUUCUUACACGCGCGUGGCAUCGUCUAUCGGGAUUUGAAACCAGAAAAUCUGUUGCUCGAUUCUCGAGGAUACGCGAAAUUGGUUGACUUUGGUUUUUCCAAGUUCAUCGGUUACAGCAGCAAGACGUGGACGUUCUGCGGUACACCCGAGUACGUUGCACCGGAGAUCAUCCUCAACAAGGGCCACGACCGCUCAGUCGAUUACUGGGCGCUCGGAAUUCUCAUACACGAACUUUUGACGGGGAUACCACCAUUCACGGCGGCAGAUCCCAUGAAGACGUACAACAUCAUUCUGAAGGGCAUCGACAUGGUCAACUUCCCGAAGCACAUGUCCCGUGCGGCGAUCAGUCUCAUCAAGCGGCUCUGUCGUGAUGUGCCCUCCGAGAGACUUGGCUAUCAGCGCGGUGGAGUACAGGACAUCAAGAAGCACAAAUGGUUCCAGGGAUUCGACUGGGACGGGCUGAUCGCACAGACACUGAAAUCACCCUUGCAACCGAACCUGACCGGACCGCUCGAUAUGUCAAACUUCGAUAUCUUCCCCAAAGACUUAGACAUUCCACCGGACGAGCUGUCUGGCUGGGAUGCCGACUUUUGAGAUCGGCCUCGGACCACACACCGAUCGCCGCUCAUGAGCUUAUCCCAAGGCAAUAUAGUGAUACAAUCCCAAUCUGCAAUACGCUAGCAAUAAUAACGGUUAAUGCUGUCAGAAAGCUGGGUGUUGUGUUACAUUAAAUCGGUUCAUG